AGUCUCUCCCUCUCCCCUCUUUCUCUCUCUAAAUUCUGAGGGAACCUGUUUCCGCACCACAACUACUCACAAUAAUUAGUUUUACCUCACCUUCUCUCCACCGCAUCAAACUUUCCGGGAAAAUCAAGGGCCCGAGAAAACCACAAAAGGGGAAAAAAAAGGAAAAAUCAAAACAGAACCAAACCUCAUGAGGGCUCCGAAGAGGCCGAUCCACACCGUAUGGACAUGGGCGCGACGCCAGCCGUCCAAAGUUCAGGCCUUUCUGGCCGUCGUUUCGGGCAUGGCGGCGCUGGUUCUGCUCCGAUUCAUCGUCCACGAUCACGACAACCUCUUUGUUGCAGCUGAGGCUGUGCACUCGAUUGGAAUCUCCGUUCUUAUCUACAAGCUCAUGAAGGAGAAGACUUGCGCUGGGCUAUCACUCAAAUCGCAGGAACUGACAGCUAUGUUUUUAGCUGUGAGAUUAUACUGUAGUGUAGUUAUGGAAUAUGAUAUACACACCCUGCUAGAUUUAGCUACGCUGGUGACGACCCUCUGGGUCAUUUAUAUGAUCCGGUUCAACUUAAAGUCGAGUUACAUGGAGGACAAGGACAACUUCGCAAUAUAUUAUGUUGUGGUUCCAUGUGCUCUACUAGCUCUGUUUAUUCAUCCAUCAACUUCUCAUCAUUUGUUGAACAGGAUUUCCUGGGCAUUUUGUGUGUAUCUGGAAGCUGUUUCCGUACUGCCUCAGUUGCGGGUCAUGCAAAACACAAAGAUUGUUGAGCCAUUCACAGCACACUACGUGUUUGCACUGGGCGUCGCAAGGUUCCUCAGCUGUGCCCAUUGGGUUCUACAGGUAUUAGAUACACGAGGGCACUUGCUUGUAGCCUUGGGCUAUGGGUUAUGGCCUUCCAUGGUUCUUAUUUCAGAAAUUGUCCAGACUUUCAUAUUAGCAGACUUCUGUUACUACUACAUUAAAAGUGUUUUCGGAGGGCAGCUUGUCCUGCGUCUCCCUUCCGGGGUUGUAUGAGUUAGCUCUGGUUCUGCUUCUGUCUGCGAGCGCACUGCCGUCAAAGACUUUUAACUUAGCUAGGCAAUGUGGCUGGUGAAUGGUUGUUUAAGUUCCCCUUUUUUUAUAGUUCCUCGUAUCACUAUACCUGGGUAGAUGAGUUGAAUUACUCCAUAUUUGACUUCAAAACAGCAAUUUCAUCUUGUAGUGCCAAUUGCUUAAUCACUA